CGCACCGACAGCCCCCGUCUCUGCUGACUCAGUGCCUUACCAGCAGUACCUUCGCCCCGAGGAAGGCUACAGGAUUCAACCACCGACGCUCACUUCUCCGGUAAAUCCGUCCCGGCGCCACCGUACAGACAUGGCUAAGACCGCAAUCGCUUACAAAGAGAAGAUGAAGGAGAUUUCAGUUCUUUCCCUCAUCUGUUCUUGUCUGUACCCAGAGACUCGCAAGAACAUCAUGGGUGAGUUUGAAGACAUGGACAUCAAGCCCAUUAACAAGCGAGCCUCAGGCCAGGCCUUUGAGGUUAUCCUGAAGCCUCCCUCCCCCGUGUCGGAUGCUGCCCACUGCAUCACUAACCCCCCCAAGAAGGACAUUUCCCUGGAGGACAUCCAGAAGAAGCUGGAGGCAGCUGAGGACCGGAGGAGAUCCCAGGAGGCGCAGGUGCUUCGGGCCCUGGCAGAGAAGCGGGAGCACGAGCGCGACGUGCUGAUGAAGGCCAUGGAGGAGAACAGCAACUUCAGCCGCAUGGCCGAGGAGAAGCUCCAGCUGAAGAUGGAGCAGAUCCAGGAGAACCGGGAGGCCUACCUGGCAUCCAUCAUGGAGCGCCUGCAGGAGAAGGAGCGGCAUGCGCAGGAGGUGCGCAGGAACAAGGAGCUGAGAGAAGAGGUGACAGCGUGAGCAGCCCCAGCCGGUUUCACAAUCCCCCCCACCCCCGCUCACCCAACCCAACCCCGAGGAACACCCCCAACCUUCCUCCUGCAGCCCGCCCCACCCUCCUCCCCGACAUACCCACCCAUACUACUAUGAAACUACCACAACCCUAUUUCAGAAGCCUGGGACGCCACCCCUAGGCAGGGGGCGGCUAAAGUCCCAACACAAUAGCAUUAGCAAAGCGGUGGGGUGGAGAAACAAAACAAAAAAAAAAGAAAAAAAGAAAAAUUGUCCCACUCACUCUUCCCAAAAAAAAAAAAGAAUGUUUUUGCUCUCUUUCAAACGAGAAGAAAAAAAUCAAAUUGACAAGUGACAGUGGGUAUUGGUUUUGUAAAUACUUCUUUUUUUGUUAUAUACAGUACAAUACAAGCAGCAAAAGUAUUGAUUGCCGUGUGCCAUUUUUAUAUAUAAUUUUUCUCUCCCUGCAUAUAUAUGGAUGUAAUCAUUCUUUUUUUCCCCCCUUUCAUUUCAGCCUGAGAAUCUUUUUUGCAGUUUCUCUUGUGUGGUAACAGGCUUUGGUGUUUGUUGUGAGUUUCCCAGCUAGCUGACAUUUGCUGUGACUGGUUGCGUCCUGACGAGGCCUGCAUUCUGGUUUUCAUUCCCCCGUCCCUUCAAGUGUGCACUUUUUGCUUUUCACCCCGCAGAUCAAAAAUAGUAAUAAAAUUAAAAAAAAAAAAUGCUGGAUCUCUGUUGGAGAGGGGUUUUCCAUACAGUUUCUGCCACUGUUCCUCCAGCUACCGAGGGACAUGUGCACUAAAGAGGGCAGAAGGAAAGGGGACAAGCAUGCAGUCUUCGUCUGUUUAUGUGUCAGUGUGGGGAAUGCAAGCCGUCACUGCACAUCCGCUCCUGUGAGGUAGAUGGUGAUUGUACCACAGGAGGAUACUAUAGCAUUUAAUGAGCCCUUUCUCAUCCCCUCUCUCUCUCCGUCUGCAGCCCUUUCAUCCCUCCUCGCUCCUUCACACAUUUCUCCACAUAAACACAAGCAUCCGCACUCACUCACAUUCUGUCCAAAUGGGCAGGCAUUUAGCCAAUCAUAGCACAGAGCUCAGGAGGAGCUCGCUAAAUUCUGUCCAUCUGGCAUUGUAAAGCUCACGUGACAUCCCUGACCAAUGGCGAGCCUCAGAUGUCCUUUAGAGGCAAGGCUUCAAUCACAUUUCAAUCAAACAGUAGUAUUUGUCAGCACUGGGGAGAAAAUACAUCCUGAGACACAGAUACUUUGUAGGCUUUGAGUGCAGGUUACUUUGAGAAACUCUCUCAAUGUUGUGACUGUAAAUAUUAGUAUGGAGAAAAUAUGACUGAGUUACAUCAUCGUCCAUUACAUAGAGGCUAGAGUAGUGCUCAACAUCAGCGUCUAGUGGAAUCACUGUUGCCAUAUUAGCUUGUGUGGAUCCCCCAUGUCCUGUGUCAUUGUGCCAGAGAGUGAAAACAAUGCCAAAUGCCAGAGACACUGAACUUGAACAAUCUCCUAUUCAGUAUUGGACUGCACUUAGCUGCAAAAUAUAGAAAAUGCCACUGAAAAGUUGGAGAAGCGUAAGAAAGAUAUUUAAGCCAUAAUAGAUAUAACUGAGACGAUGCAUCAGCCCAAUAUUAUCAUCAAUAAGGGUGCAUUUGAGUGUAUUUACAUUUCCACAGAGUUUGUAAUCAAUGGUGUCCAAGCCUGAGGCUGAACCCGUACUGGUUACACAUAUACAGGAGGCCCACAGAUGUGUGUGAGUGUGUGUGUGUGUAUUUCAGGAAGGGUGGGUAGAUAUGUUUGUGCCAUGCGCUAUCGCUCUGGUAAAUAUAAACCAACACUACAACAGUACAGUAUGUAAGAACCAAGUAUCUGUUGCACACCGAUGACCUCAAAAGAACAUCACAGAGUCUUCACUUGGACUCUACCCACUACCUUACCUGCCUUUCUCUUUCUCUCUCCCCUUCCCAUUUGUGUGUUUCCCCCUUCUCCACAUAUAUCUUUGUGAGCAAGCAGUGGUUAAUAAAGAUUUGGGGUUCAGUGAAUGAAA